AUGCAGGACGUGGCACGUCGAGAACAGACGUGGGGGCACAACCAACAACGUCCGCCCGGACGCAGCGCGCGAGAGAUUUUGAUGCUGGACGCGCAAGAGGGCCUGGAAGGCGACAUCGCGCCAACGCCGGCGGCAACCAGCACAGUGCUGGAUGCAGCUGGUGGCUCGUCAUCUGCAGCAAUGAACAAACGGACGCGGUCGGCAUCGGCGGCGGUGGUGGGCACCUCUCACAUGGCGGCGCGCUUGGCGCUGUCGCCCCCACACGCUCGCAAAUCGCGCGAUUUUUUGAGAUUUAAUUCUCAAUCGCCUUCAUCUUCGAAAUCGAAGUCACCAAAUGGCGAUGACGAUUACUUCAGCCCGACCUCGCUUCGCGAUCAAUGCAUCUACUUCAUCAUCGCCCACUCCUACGCCCUCUCGCCUUCAUCCUCUCCUUUCAGCAGCAGCAACAACAAUUCGCGAUCUCUCUCGUUUCUCAUCUCGAUCCUCUACUUCCUUCGCAUCCUCCUCUUCAUCUUCUCUUCUUCAUCAUCGUCAUCUCCGCCCUCUCGAUCGGCCACCUACGCCUCGCUGCCCACCCGAGGGCGGCCGUGGGACCUCGAAGAAGCCACCGACCGCCGCGACCACCACGACAUCGAUGACUUCUACGGGCCGCUGGCGACGUCGUCGCCCAUUCCGCUGUCCCUGCGCCAGCGCGCGUCGGCCGCCGAACCGCGGCCGGUCGACCUGGGCAUGGCCAUGCUCCUCUCCCCUCCGCUCCGCCAGCAGCAGCGCAAGACCGAGCUCGUCUACCGCGUCGUGCUGGUGGGGGACGAUUGCGUGGGCAAGACAUCGAUCUGCGACAUGUGGAAGACGGGCAAGUGCCAACCCUCGUCCCUGUGCGAAUGCACCAUGGGCGCGGCCUUUUUCCACCGAGAGGUGACGAUCGACGACUACACGGUGCGGCUCGAAGUUUGGGACUCGGGCGGCCAGGCGCGCUUCGACAACCUCACUCCCAUGUACAUAACGGAGGCUGACGGAGUGAUCGCUGUCUACGACGUGUGCUCCAGCGAAAGCUUUGAAAAGGCCAAGUAUUGGGUGGACCAGGCGCUGACGAUCAAGCGCGGCGCGCCGCUGCGGAUCAUCCUCGCGGGCAACAAGACCGACCUCCUGCCCUCCUCUUCCGAGUUUGUUGUGCCGCACGAGGUCGCCGAAGAGUACGCCCGCUCGAGCGAGGUGGACGGCUGGCUCCCCGUCUCGGCUCGCAACAACCUCAACAUCAACGCCCUCUUCAAAAACAUGGCCAAUUGUCUGGUGGAGGCCGAGCGCGCCCGGAUCAACCGCAAGAUCGUCGCGUCGCUCGACAUCCAGCCCACGGCCCGCAGGAGCGACGCCGUCUCGGUCUCCUUCAAGGGCGUGCAGGGUCCGCUGGCGCUGGCGCCCGUGGUCGGGAUGCGCAUGGGCCUCCUCCCCAUGCUCCCCUGGCUGCCCGACACCGCCGCCUCGGCCUGCAUGCUCUGCUCCACCAACUUCUCCGUCACCAAGCGCGUGCGUCCCUUCAACCCCCGACACCACUGUCGGCGAUGCGGUCGGGUGACGUGCAAUCGGUGCAGCCGCCACCGAACGGUGCUGCCCAGCCGGGCCACGGAUUCGGCGUCGCCCUCGUCCUCGGCCUCGAUCACCUCCUCGCCCUCGUCGCCGGGCAAGUCGCCGGCCAGGGCAGCUGCCGAGCGCGUGUGCGACCACUGCGCCGAAGUGGUGGCCUGCUGGACUGCGCUGCACUCGUGA